ACCCAGUCACGAUGUACCACAACAUGACAACUAAGGACUAUUCUGCUUACUACAACCUCACAAAUAAUGAUUUCUUAGUCUGUAACAACACCAAAGUAAUGGCCUUCAGCCGAGUCUUCCUCCCUUCCCUCUACAGCAUCGUCUUCAUCGUGGGAUUCAUUGGCAAUGGCCUGGUGUUGUGUGUCCUGGUCAAGUAUCACAAAAAUUUGAACAUAUCAGAUCUGUGCCUCUUCAACCUGGCACUUUCUGACCUCCUCUUCCUUAUCUCAUUGCCUUUCUGGGCCCACUACGCUGCCAACACUGAAUGGACCUUCGGGGGCUUCAUGUGUCAUGCAGUGACAGCGCUCUACAUGCUGGGAUUCUAUGGAAGUAUCUUCUUCAUGAUCCUCAUGACCAUUGAGCGCUACACUGUCAUUGUCCACACCUAUACCUCCCUCUUCUCCAAGCACCGGUCUGUCAGAGCUAGUAUAGCCCUGGCUUUGUUUAUGUGGGCACUUAGCUUGGGAGCUUCUCUGCCAACCAUCAUUUUCUCCCAAGAAAAAAAUGAAUCAUAUGUAUGGACAUGCAAAGUGGAAAAUUCUAAAGAGACAGUGUGGAUGUCAUUCUCUUACAUUGAGCUGAACAUCCUUGGUUUGAUCAUUCCUCUCUCAGUGAUGGUGUUCUGCUACUCACGCAUCAUCCCCAUCUUAAUGACCGUAAAGUCUCAGAAGAAACACAAAGCUGUCAGGCUCAUGCUGGUCUUGGUCACUGUUUUCUUCCUCUUCUGGACCCCCUACAACAUCGUCAUUUUCAUGAAGUUAAUGCAUCACUUGGGCUACAUGGCCAGCUGUCAGUGGGAUCAGAACCUGCACAUGGCUAUGCAGUGGGUGGAAACCAUAGCGUUCAGUCACUGCUGCCUCAACCCCAUAAUCUACGCCUUUGUAGGGCAGAAAUUCAGGAAUUUAUUUCUAAAGAUCCUGAAAGAGUGGUUUCCUGUUUGCUUUGGUCAGUGCACAACAAAUGAAAGUGAGUUCCCAGAGAGGAGGUCCAUUAAGUACUCACGCUCCUCAGUGAUUUCCACCACAAAAACAAAAUCAAAACUGUAGUCAUUAUCGCUUUAAUCCACUUAUCUACUAAUCUGCUAUUUAAUCUACUAUUAAAUCUUAUUAUGUCUCUUUUGUAUUUCACUUGUCAUACUGUUUGGACAGUUUAACCAGUGUGAAGUAAAAUUACUUUCACUACUGUUACUUACUGCUGAUUAUUUUCUGAUAUUGUUAAUGCUCUCUACAUCUUGCCAGUAAAUCAGCUUGUACAUUUCUUUAGGGUGUGGUCAGUUUUGCACAUUGUUUUACAUGCAAGUUUAGUCUCAACAGACAAACAAUCAAAUAGUUUACCCAAUGUCAGAGAAGGAAGUCACUUACUGAAUAUAUUUAAUUAUUAGAGGAUUGGAUGGCUUAGAAUGAGUAGACACUUGUUUUUUUUUUUUUUUUUAAAGAAAAAUCUUAUAUGGCUGAUAGCAUCUGCAUGUCCUUUGCGAUAAAACUUAAACUAAAUAGGCAUGUAUUAACAAGUGAUGAAUGAUUUUCUAGGUUGGAACAUAUGGCAUAUACACAGUGUGGCUUUCACAAUAACAGUCUAUGUAAACAGCCUGCACAGUUGCACUCUUUGGUUUAUUUCUUUUUUUUCCCCUGCAGGCUCCCACUGAAAGCAGUAUGUAAGCAACCAUAGCAAAGUUUCCAAAGAUAAAUAAAUAAAUAAAUAAAUUUGUCUAAAGCAUCCAUCAUUCUGUGACUGCUGGAAGGGAUUACAAAUGUUUGUAUUUGAAAUGUUGGUUAAAAUGACACACAACUACAGGCCCUUCACAAGCUGUGGAAAAUUUUCUGGUGCAGUCAUGGUCCAGAAAUAAAAUGUGCAGACUCUUGUAUGUGUUACAAGAGAAGAUACAUUUUUUAUUCAGUGGGUUGUGCUGUGAAUUCUGGCCAAGAAUGGUCAACGUCACUGUCUCGGAAUACGGAAACAACUGAGGCUAUACAUUAUCAUGUCUUUGCUUCAGGUGAGCAGAUAUUCUUUGCCUACAGCUGUCCAAACAAAAAUGGGCAUGUUAAAAAAGUUGGCAGACAGACAGAGCAGAACUGGUUAUGGAGAGAAGCUUUGCUAACUGAUGUAUUUGUAAGACUGGGGUAACUUGUGAGACUGUGAGUAUGUUAUGGAGAUAUUAUGUUGAUCAUAUUUGACUUUUAGAAAUACUGUAAUGCUUCAACUUAGAGCGAGAAUCCUUUAUACCAUGCAUGCUAACCAUAUAUUUACUGUAUAUAUUAAUGUGCUUAUAUUAAUGAUCAUAUUAUAGUAUUUCAUAUAUAUUUGACAGUGAUAUGCCACACAAACCCUGUGAGUGUGAUUAUAUUAAUAAAUAUACUUAGUAGUAUGGCUGAAAGUUAUUUACUUAGAGAAUGUGGCUAACUUGAAGCUCCAUUGCGUCAUGUUCUUUGUGGGCUUUCCAUCUUAAAGUUAAGGGAGUGUUGUUCAGUGUUGUUCAUAUUUCAUUACAUUUCUCUACCAUACUAUAACUUCCAGAUGGCAGAAAUGGAACUAUGGAGAAUUAUGUCAGUGAGAAACUCAAAUCUUUUUUAGUUCCACUGUUUAAAUAAAAAUAAAAAUACAAGAUUUCCAGAAUAUGAUCACUCAAGUUUCGACCCUGGCUUUAGUUGUAAUGCUGUGUCUUGCAACCCUGAUCACCAGAAAAUUCAUUUUAACUAUAUGCAUAUAACUUAUUUUAACCCGUCUUAAACUCUACAGCAUGAAGGCUAUACAUGAUCCCUUAUGUAAACUGUGUCAAAGCAAAGUACCAGGUACCUUUCUUCUGAUAUGAUUUGGUACUGCCCUCCUGUUGCUCAGUGUUACGUUCUGGGGUAUGUCCGUGUGUUUUUGUGUUUUGUUCUCUCCCCUUUUCUCUCGCCCUCCCUCUCUAUCUCUCUCUCUGCAGCAAAUGCCUCAUUGGAUAACGUUCCUGUCUGUCUCGAUUACCUCCGCUGAUGUCAUCGGCUGUGACAACCAAUCCACCUCUGACCCCGCCUAUUUAAAACCUGCAGCCAUUCAUUCAUGUGGAAGUUGUUGUUCUGGUUGUUAAAACUAAAACCCUAUUGUACCUCUGUUUUCCUGUGUUCUAGUUACGCUGCCUUACGGAGUUUUUGUUCUUGUAUGUCAAUUGUUCCAUGUUUCCCUCGCUUUGUUCUAGUCACUUGUUUGUCUGGUUAAACUUAGUGUUCCUUACCCUGUUUUGUGACUCUGUUAGUGUUGGGGAAAAGUGGACAGGUAAGUACGUCACGUGACAUACAUUGUACAGCACGUAGGAAUUCCGUUUUUUUUGUAUUAGACACAUUAGGUUAGGAGCGAGCACCACCCUCUGUACUUUUGGUUUGCAUAGAUAGAGUAGGUAGUUAGAGUGUCCUGGUUGCUGAAGAUUUAUUUUUCUAUCUUUUGUUAUAGUUAGGUUAGAGGGUUUGAAAAUAGUUCGACUUGUUUUGUUUUGUUCAUUUCUUUGCUUUGGUGCCAUUCGUGUCCCUUUUCCCCUUUUGUGUCUUGUUACGUGUUAUUGUAAAUAUUACCACUAUCACUUGGCACCACACACUUUUCCACUUGUAUAUAGAUAAAUAAAUCACCUGGAUUGA